AUGGUCGAGCAGGAGCUCGGCGCUCUUCGAGAGGUGCUGCUUACCUCGGAUGCCUCCGACGCAGCGCAGGCCGAGGCUGACCGACCCCCGGGACCCAAUCAGGGGACAUUGAUCAUUCUGUCAUUUGCGAGAGACGCAAACAAUAUCGGACGAGCUAUGCACAUCAUCCGUAGGGAGCAAGGAAUCUUGGAACUUCUCCCGCACGUUGAGAAGAACUUCCCCAUCCUCCACCAGGCGGGACACGCCCAUAAUACCUCCGACACGGGAUUUGAAGAAGCCCGUGCCAACAUCCGGGCACGUAUCCGCAGGAUUGAAGCUCUGCGGAACUCGAGGAGCAGAUCUAAGGAGUAUCUAUAUUCCGUCAUCCUCUCCUCGCCUCACAAUACACCCAACUAUCUUACAGAUCUGCUCUUUUCUCAAUACGACAUUCAUCAUCUCCUCCUUGCGGGCCUCGCCGCAAGUGAGCCUUCCAUCUACUUCGACACCGACAAAGCGAAGCUUUUCAUCGCCAUGUCCUCUGGCAUAGAGGUCGAGCCAAGCGUACUGACUGUCUCUUGGGGGCCUAGCCAAGGGCCCUUGGCCAUUCCAGUUAUCGACAAAGGGCCAGGAAACUUCAACCCCAUGGUUGAAUUUAUUCACGGAGAAGAGCGCAUCAUCGACCUCCUGCGGUACGUGGAGAAAGGUAUUGCCAAUUUCCAGGCGGGACUCGCCGAGCACAUGGACACAGAAGUUGAAGAAUUCUGGACCGAUAUCCGGACGCAUAUUCGCAGGAUCUUUUUGUAG